AUGAGUACCGUACCACAACGCAACCGUAGCCAUUCACUAUUUGAGGGCAGCCAGUUCGCUCCCUCCACAUCACCGCCAACCACGUCGAGCCAACUGUCGAAAAUGUUAAAGUCUGAGCCGAUUCCAUGCUUGAGAUGCGGCAAUGUGGGAAGUCCCACUGGUUCUGUCCCGAUGUCUCUUCACAAGGUUUCAUCAAUCAACCGGUCAGCAGGCACCAAUCCAGCGUCGCGUGGCGGCGAGUCAUCUUUGGAAUUGGAGGCCAUAGCCGCCGUCCAUGAACUCUCCUUCGCCGUCCAAUCGAUCAGUGUCUCCGAAAUGCUGCCACGUACGCCAGACCUCAUCUUCGUCAACGUCACCACCUUGGAAGCGCAACCCUACUGCCUCGAGCUCACCCUGAAAGGAUGGCGGAUCACAAGUCUUCGAUCAGACUGCAUGGUUGGGGACUUCACUCGGCUCGAGUUGUUCACCAAGUACUACGACUCGCUGUACUUACUGAUGGACGACAUUUCGCCAGGAUACCGGGAGCGGUUUAGUGAGAAGCUUGUGCAAAGAUUAAAAUUGAUUGAGGCCGGAGAAGAGGACCAAGUCGCUCCAUGUGGAUCCCUCCAAUCCCCACCACUCUCUACCGACUCCUCCUCCAAAUCAUCCGAAUCUCAAUACUCCUCCACCGACUCUCUUCCAAUCGUCACUCCAGUCAGCACGCCAGCUAUCGACCCAGAAUUCAAGCCGUCCUUUAAUUAG